UGUGCAAGUCGUGCCGAAAGAGAAUCCGGUAGUGGGGGUCCAAGGAGCCGUGCUGCAUGCCGCCUGGUUCUUUUGGAAAAGCUGUGGAAUAAGCAGUCGGUGAGUGACAGGGUGCCUGGAGAGACCUGGAGACGCCUGGAGGCGACAACUGAGCAGUUCAGAAGAGACGAAGUGGACGACAUGGCGACCACCGGCGACAUGAGCCCCGACGAGUUCCGCGAGUUCGGCAAGGCGGCCGUGGACUUCAUCGCCGACUACAUCGGCAACAUCCGCGACCGGCCCGUCCUCCCAGCCGUGGAGCCGGGCUACCUGGCGCCGCUGCUGCCCGCCGAGUGCCCGCAGGACCCCGAGCCCUGGCAGGAGGUCAUGAAGGACCUGGAGGCGCACAUCAUGCCCGGCGUCACGCACUGGCACAGCCCCUCGUUCCACGCCUACUUCCCGACAGCCAACUCGUUCCCGGGCAUCGUCGGCGAGAUGCUGAGCGCCGGCCUCGGCGUCAUCGGCUUCAGCUGGAUCACGAGCCCCGCCUGCACUGAGCUGGAGGUGAUCGUCGUGGACUGGCUGGGCAAACUGCUGGGGCUCCCGGAGGAGUUCCUGCACAGCGGCCCCGGGUCCGGCGGCGGAGUCAUCCAGGGUUCGGCGAGCGAGGCGACGCUGGUGGCCAUGCUGGCGGCGCGGGACCGUAUGGUGCGCAGGGUGCGCCAGGACCACCCCAAGCUGUCGGACGGCGAGAUCAGAGCCAAGCUCGUGGCCUACACCUCCGACCAGGCCAACUCGUCGGUGUGGAAGAGCGGCUUGCUGGGGGCGAUGCCGAUGCGCCAGCUGCCCACCGACGCGGACGGUGCGUUCAGAGGCGACGUCCUCGAGGCAGCCAUCCGCAGCGACCGACAAAAGGGGCUCAUCCCCUGCUAUGUUGUGGCUACCCUGGGGACGACGGUGACGUGCGCGUUCGACAACCUGGAGGAGCUCGGACCUGUCUGCAAUCGGGAGGGACUCUGGCUGCACAUCGACGCGGCGUACGCGGGCGCCGCUUACGUCUGCCCCGAGAUGAGGCACACCAUGGCCGGGGUGCAGUACGCCGACUCCUUCGACAUGAACCCGCACAAGUGGCUGCACGUCAACUUUGACUGCUCCACCAUGUGGGUGAAGAACGCCAACGACCUGGAGAACGCCUUCAACGUGGACCCGGUCUACCUCAAGCACGACAAGCAAGGGGUCAUGCCAGACUACAGGCACUGGCAGCUCCCGCUGGGCCGUAGGUUCCGCGCCCUCAAGCUGUGGAUGGUGUUGCGCACGUACGGCGCGCGCGGGCUGCAGGCGCACAUCCGCAAGCAGGUCCAGCUGGCCGCCGACUUCGAGGAGCUGGUGCACCGCGACGCGCGCUUCGAGGUGGUCAUGCCCGCUCGCUGCGGGCUCGUCUGCUUCAGGAUGGUGGGCCCGUGCGCGCGCACCCAGGAGCUGCUGCGGCGCGUGACCGCGCGCAAGACGCUGUACAUGAUCGCGGCCAGCGUGCGCGGCCAGGCCGUGCUCCGCUUCGUCGUCUGCAGCCGCCUGACCGAGCUCGAGGACGUGCAGCGGUCCUGGGCGGAGAUCGCGGCGCAGGCCGAGGCCGUGCUGCAGGCGGAGAGCGUGGCCGCGGCCCUGGCGCCCGCGCCGGCCCUGUGCGACCCCAGCAGGCCGAUGGGCAAGAGCCCCAGCGUCGUCCACAACAUGCUGGGCUCGGCGGGCAACACCGCGGACCCGCAGCACACCGUCUGAGGGCUUGGUGGCUUGCAAGGCCGACUCUCCCGAUGCCGCGUUGAUGUGUCGGGAAAUAUUAUUGUUUUGUUUGUUUGUUUUGAUUUAUAUUUUGUUAUUUUACGAAAUAAAACACGUUUGUAUUAAUGUGCAGCAA